AUGAGAAAUAAAGAUAUCAAAAAAUCUUGGAGAAAUUCAUAUGAAAAAAGACAAAGUUUACCGUCAGAAUGGCUGCAAACAGAUAUUUAUCGUACAAUUUAUAGGGAUUAUGCCUAUCCGGAUCAUGAUAUUCGGUUCUAUAGGUCACCAUUAGAAUACGAUUUUUUGAAAAGUACGUUGGAUUCAUGUAUGCAGUUAUCUGCAAACCAAAACUUUGAUUUUGGUGAAGAUACGUUUUUAGAAGAUGAUUAUUUAUAUCCUGGAAUAGAAGAUGGAAAAAUCAUUGAUGAUAUGAAUUCAUAUAAAUCUAUGAAUGCACCAAUAGAUGAAAUAUAUGGUAAAGCGGUUGCAUUAUUUGAUUUUAUACCAGAACAUGAAAACGAAUUUGCAUUAGUAAGAGGACAACAAAUAUGGAUUUCAUAUAGACAUGAGCAGGGAUGGCUAGUUGCAGUUGACCCUUUAACAGGUGAUACAGGACUCGUUCCUGAAGAAUAUGUACGAAUAUAUGAUUCUAAUAAUAUUUUUGGUUAUGAAAAUAUAGGAAGACCUAUAUCUAUUGAGCAAAGUAAAGAAUCUAUUAUGGAAGAUGAUUCCCAAAAAAAUGAAACAAAAAAUCAAAAUAAUUUUAGUGAAAAUCAAAACAUAAAUAAUAUCAUAAAGAAUGAUACUUCUAUGUUAAAUUUCCAGUAUUCUCAACUAAAUUUAGAAGAUAAAGAUGAAUAA